AUGGAAGAAGUAAGCGGAAUAGAAGAGACUCUGCUCGACUCUUCCAAGAAACAGGAACUCGACGAAGACGGAACAGCGUUCUCGGCGCGGCACAAACGCGAGACCUUCCAGAAGUUCUGGACGAAAGACAAGACCGAAGCGUUGCUGAGGAUUCUAGCUGCUCAAGCCGAGCAAGGCGACGUUGACCAUGGAAAGGCGGCGAAAUUGCUCAGCGCAGAGUUGCAGCUGGAGCACGAACUCAAAGCGGACCAGGUCGUCGAUCGCAUUUCGCUGCUCGUUUCUAGCUUCAAAAGGGAAAUCGAAAAAGAGGAAAGAAACGGACUCCCUUCCUCCUGGCGCUGGAAAAAGCAGAUGAAACGCCUGUCCGAAAAAGUACCCACAGUUACCUUUGCACAAGUUUCACAAGUGAUGAUCCCAUCUAUCGACGGAAUUCAUCGAAAGCUGAAAAGAAACCAAACGGAAUCGGAGAGCCUAGAGCCGCCGGAGAAGAAGUUAUUCUCAGGAGGACAGCGCGAGGUUAAAAUCGCUUCUGGCACGGACGAAAAUGCGGAAAGUAGCGGAGGAAAGGGCGAACGCGAGCGGUUCAUUGACGCUUCCCAAGUCGACGCCAGUCUCUUCGAUCUCGACAAAAAGCAGACAAGCACGUAUCCGUCGGCGAACGGUUCCUUGCCAGGAUCCGAAAGAAGAGGGCGCAUGCCCGACGCCCACGUCGAAAUACUCCUCGACUGCUACAAGUUCGUUCUUCAAAAUCGAAUGCUCAGUUCAGGUCGGCUGGGAAAAGGAUCUUUCCAAGAGGUGGCGGAUGAGAUGAAUAGAAGGUGCGGACUGGACGGCGACGGAACUUACGAGCGAGAGCAACUGGCUGCCAAGCUACAAAACUUGAAAACGCAGUUCAGAAAUAGAAAACAGGCAGUCGAUGACGGCCGUGAGAGUGGCAGUCUUUGGAAAUGGUAUCAAACUAUGGAUGACUUAUCAAGUGCUGAGCUCAAUCUUCGCGAAUCGUUCGAUGGCGCUACAAGCCGAUUAAAUUCAACUUAUCAGAACUCUCCGCUUUCUGCUUCACAAGAAGACGAGCCCAGUUAUUCCAGAGAUGAACGCUUUGAGCUUAACUACGACAACUCGGACACGACGCCCUCGCGGAAAGAAAAGAGGGAGUUAACACGCGAGGAACUAGAACACUCCUUCGGUGACUUGGCGGUGCUCCUCUUUGAUAAAGAUGGCUGCGGCAAAAGCGACGAGUCUGAAUCCGAUUCGAGUCGAAUUAGUGAUCAAUUAAACUCAAUGCGAUCUACGGCGAUCAAACUCCUGACGGGCUUUUCCGCGGUUCUUUCCCAUGUUGAGACGGAAUGA